UUACGUGGUGCGGAUCCAGAGACUUUGAGGAUGGACAUGGACCGGAGUCACACAAAUGAGAGGAUAUUACAUCUCACCCUGGAGAUCGUCCACCUGCUGACUGGGGAGGGUUACACAGUAGUGAAGAAGACAUUCCUUGACCAUCUGACAACCAUUAGCUGUGCCUCCAUCACGGUGCCUCCACCUCAGUCACAGAUACAUGAGAGGGACGAUGACCAGAAGAUCCUGGAACUCACCAACAAGAUCAUUCAGCAGCCAUCUGGAGAGGAGGGGGAGUAUAUAGAGGAACACAGGGGUCUGUACAAGGACGUGAUGAUGGAGAAUCACCGGCCCCUCACAUCACUGGAUGGACCCAGUAACAGAGAUACCCCAGAGAGAUGUCCCCGUCCUCUGUAUUCCCAGGAUUGUACAGAGGAGAAUCACAGGAUCCCACAGAAGGAUCAGGAUGAAUUUCUGACUGAUAAUAAUGCAGAAUAUAUAGUGGGAGAAGAAGAGACGUAUUUUACUGAUAAUAUGGCAAAACAUACAGAAGAAGAAGAAGAAGAGUCGUAUGUGACUGAUAUGAAAGAAGAAUUUAUAGAGGGAGAAGAAAAGACGUAUUUUACUGAUAACAUGGCAAAACAUACAGAAGAAGAAGGAGAAGAAGAAGAGACGUAUGUGAGGGGGGAUCAGCAGUGUAAGGAGGAGCAAAUACCUACAGCCAUCAGCACAGCAGAUGGACAGAGGGGCAGGAAUACCUCGGAGGGACAUCUAACUUUGUUUCCAGAUUUUAAAUUAGAAGAGAAGAACAUCACACGAGAUUCUGCAGGAGAAAACCUUAUUACCCCAAUUAUACAUCCAGUGCCUCAUAGCGCAGAUAUAUCAUCUGAUCCCUCUAACCAUGAGGAGGGUAACAUUAAUUCAGAUGUUUCUACACAUAGUGCAGCUCCUACAGAUGCUACAGUCAUUCCCUCUUCUGAAUUUGUUAAAUCCUGUAAUAAUCAGUCAGUUUUUGUUAGACAGAAGAAUCACACAAGUAAGAAACAAUUUUCAUGCUCUGAGUGUGGGAAAUGUUUCAAAUAUAGAGCAAAUUUUGUUGAACAUCAGAGAAGUCACGCAAGUGAGAAGCCAUUUCCAUGCUCAGAAUGUGGGAAAUGUUUUACAAAGAAAUCAUCUCUUAUUAUGCAUCACAGACUUCACACAGGUGAGAAGCCAUUUCCAUGCUCUGAGUGUGGGAAAUAUUUCAAAUAUAGAGCAAAUUUUGUUGAACAUCAGAGAAGUCACACAGGUGAGAAGCCAUUUCCAUGCUCAGAAUGUGGGAAAUGUUUUACAAAGAAAUCAUCUCUUAUUAUGCAUCACAGACUUCACACAGGUGAGAAGCCAUUUCUAUGCUCUGAGUGUGGGAAAUGUUUCACACAGAAAUCUGCCCUUGUUGUACAUCAGAAAAGUCACACAGGUGAGAAGCUGUUUCCAUGUUCUGAGUGUGGGAAAUGUCUUGCACAUAAAUCCACUCUUCUUGCACAUCUGAGAAUUCAUACAGGUGAGAAGCCAUUUUCAUGCCCUACAUGCGGGAAAUGUUUUACAAAGAAAUGCAAAAUUGUUGAGCAUCAGAAAUGUCACACAGGUGAGAAGCCAAUUUAAUGCUCUGAGUGUGGGAAAUGUUAUAUGCGAAAAUCCGCUCUUGUUGUACAUCAGAAAAGUCACAGAUGAGAAGCCAUUUUCAUGUUCCAAGUGUGGGAAAUGUUUUACACGUAAGUCAAGUCUUGUUACACAUCUGAAAAAUCACACAGAUAAGAAACCAUUUCCAUGCUCUGAGUGUGGGAAAUGUUAUAUGCGAAAAUCAGCUCUUGUUGUACAUCAGAAAAGUCACACAAGAUGAAAACCAUAUCGGUGAUCUGACUGACAUGAAAGAGUUUUGCAACAUCUACCUAUUGUAAAAGUCAUUGAUAGUAAUAUGUACAGUUCCGUUAAAGAGUGAAUUCUCAAAUGUAUAUUAACAUUACAUAACAGUUUUGGAGGGCAAUUCAAAACUUGAGUCUUUGCCAUCCACAAAGUGGAAUGGUCGUCAUCGACAUAAGACUGGAACACAUCGCACAUGUAUGGAUCUUAUUGCAGUCUCUUAGAUGUUGGUGUCUGCUAUAUAUUUUCACCACAUUUUGGCCAAAGCCAAGGAAUUGAUUUGUGUUAACUGUGAUAUUAUUUCCAUCCAAAAGUUGCGACAGGUAUACAGCCAGCUCCAAUUGAGGAGCCUGUCGUUUUCUCCGGCUGAAUGAUGUGAUAACAAACUCUUUCAUCCCUGUGGGAGGCUGGACACAAUAGGUAUUGUGCGUGGUGUUAGGAGCCUGGACAUUUUAAAACUGAAGCCAACUCAAGCUCCUCCUCAUACACACAACGUUUCCUACCAACAUCAGUUUUUCUUAGUGCUGGUGUUCCAGGAUGCGCUCCAUCUAGUUUUGAGUUUGGCAGAUUUUAUGUUUUUUUGUUUUCUCUUUGGCUGAUAGAGAGGUAGGUGGGGGAGUUCUUUCUCCUUCUCUACUACCUCCAGGGGCAGGGGGCCUUUAUCUUGUCUCAAACAUACCUUUCAUGCCCAGAAAAUAGGAAGAGAGUGUGUUGGAUCUGAUACAACACCACCCCCGUCCAGUGUGCCGUAGUUGAGGCAUGCCAGAUUGGUCGGACAGCCAACCAGGCCCGGAUCAACACACAGACAUUAGGCAUACUGAGAAGAAGGACCAUCAGGAAAAGCCCUUGGUGGAAGCUCAUAGGUUAUGCUUCAGGGUUAAAUGGUUAGAUUUAACUUCAGAUGCUUGGGUAAAAGACCUAUGCAUGGGUUUCUUUUUUUAAAUCUUAUUCUAGAUCUACCAGUGUUUGGCUUUACAAGAGGUUAUACAAAAGUCCCGAUACCUGCCGGCAGAGAGGUGGGAGGUUUUUUUGUCAAACCUUUUCCUCGUGCAGUAGCCAGACGAGUAAUUUUGGUAACUGCACUCGAGAGUCUUUACUAAGGUUUGAGAACAGUAGUUUCUCCAGAGAUUCUGUUAGAUCAUGUCAUAGUAACAGAACAAGAAUUCAUUUCCCAUGGUUGGGUAAUAUAUUGUUUAAAAUCAAAUAUAGUUUUAGCUCAAAAUAAGCUUUUCCUGGGCAGUGUGACUGAUACCAGAUUCAGGAGGGGUUUUCUUUCUGGGAAACAAGAUUCCAUUCUUACAAAAAUGGCUCUUGAAAAAGAAGGCAUUAAAGCAUUGUGCGAAAUUGUCUCCAUCUAUGAGGCAAAUCCGUUCACCCAAUUUCACUCUUAGAAGUUCCAGAUAAAGAUUUUAUGGAAAUGCUACAGAUCCCUAUCCUCAUCUGUAAUCUCAUCUCACCAUUGAGUUCACUGUUGUAGACAGGUUAUUCUUUUAUGAUGUCAGAACAAUAGACCUUAAUCUAUGAAGUUGAGGGACAGCACAGGUUUCAGGGCAAGUGGACGCUGGAGGAGCCUUCAUUCCACAUCAGUGUUCUGAAACUUUGAGCUGCCUUCAGUGCCCAAAGAUCUCUUUACAUAGACCUUUUCUUAGCUGAAGUCUACAUAAAGGGUCAGGUAGUCUAAGUCAAUUUAGACCAAGGGUGGCCAACCAGUUAGAGCCAAAGAGACAAAAAAAUCCAGUUAGGUACAUCAAAGAGCCGUCAUCAAGCCAAAGGUACACGUGCAAAAAAGGGGUGUGGCCUUGUGCCUGCUAGACCAUGCCCCGGUAUAAAAUACAUUGAAAAGGCCACUUCCACAUAAAAUUAUUGAAAAAGCCAGAUUCACAUAAUAUAUUUCAGCUCCCCUAUGUGUCACUCCAGCCAGCACCCUGCUGCAUCACUCCAGCAAGCUCCCGCAUAUGUCACUCCUGCCAGUUCCCCGUGAGUCACUCCUGCCAUCACCCUGCUGCAUCACUCCAGCCAUCCCUCCCAUGUGUCACUCCUCGUACCACCCUUCUGUGUUACUCCAGCCAGCUCUCCCAUGUGUCACUACUUCCAGCACCCUACUGUGUCACUCCAGCCAGUUACUACGUGUGUCACUCUUGCCACCACUCUUUUAUGUCACCCCUGCCAGCUCCCUCGUGUAACUCCAGCCAGCUCCCCCUUGUAUCACACCAGCCCCUACAACUCGUGACAUUGAAGCAGCCUCUUAUGUGUCCUCAGUUUGCCUAUAUUAUCCGGCUCCCUCAAUUCUCAGUGACCGUAGUGCUGCUGUGUGUCUGGCUGGAGUGCAGCAGUUUCCAGAUAUAUUGUGGUCAUGUGAUUUUGAGUGUUGGGGAGCCACAUUUGAAUAAAGAAAGCCUCAUGGGGCUCAAGAGCCACUGGUUGGCCACCACUGAUUUAGACCGUGCUAUUGCAGUAGCAUUUUUGAACCAUCAGAGGGGAUACCAAGAUUACCCAGACCAUGGAGACAUAAAGGACCUUCCUUUGGGUGGAGAAGAAUGUGUCGACUCUCACAGCUUUGCAUUUUCCCAGUGUGAGCACUGGGAUGCUGACGAUUUCUGCAGACAACCUAAAAAUUUGGGGGAAUGGUCACUUCAUCCAGAUGUUUUCCAACAGAUAGUGGACAAAUAAGUUCAAACAGAUAUUGAUAUGAUAGUCCAGAAUGAACUUCAAAGAAAUACAUUACUGUGCCAAGACGAGAUCUGGAGUCAAAGUUUGUUGACAUACUGAUGGUCUUUUGGAUUUAUCCCCUCAUUUAUCAUGCUCCAGAAGGUCCUGGAAAAGGUAAAGAGCAUGGCAUACUUGUUGCUCUAGAAUAGAUUUACCAAUUGGUUACUGAAAUACAAAAUCAUUUUAGAUAAUGUGAAAAAGACCACAAUGAAUGCUAGGUGUCCUGCAUCACCCAAAUGUACUGUAAGUUCCCAUUUUAACCUUUAAGUUAGCACAACUUUACAGGAGGUUCUUGUUACAGGGUAAAAGUGGGGGUCUGAAAGUUCAGAUUUUAGCCAUGUCAGUGUUUUUUUUUUGUUUGUUUGUUUUUUUGCAGAAAAAGUCUUUCCCCCUUUUCAAGGCCAGUUCUGAACCUCUGUUUAAAGCCAUUUUUUAAAGAUACCCCACCAAAGAAAAAGUUGGGAUGCCCUUGUUAUAGAUCAUGCUAUUUUUACUGGUGUUCUUGUGUAAUUAAAUUUAAAACAAAAUAAAAUAACGUUAGAGUUUCAGUUGAUAAGAA